AUGAUUCGCCAUUCAACACAUUCCUCUCGACGAUUUGAUGAAUAUUAUCGAUGCUAUCCAGUAGCUAUGCUACCGGGCCCAGAGCGUGAGAACGUGAACCAUGGAGGCAAGGUGAUCAUGCCGCCGAGCGCUCUGGAUAAGCUCACUCGAUUGCACAUCACUUACCCCAUGCUUUUCGAGCUACAUAACGGCGCAAAGCAACAGAUGACUCAUGCUGGAGUGCUGGAAUUUAUUGCUGAGGAGGGUAAAAUAUACUUGCCAUUUUGGAUAAAAUCUACGGAUCUUCCUCCAGGGUCUAAAAUCAAGCUCCAGGCCCAGUCAACGUCUUUUCUCGAUAUUAGUGACCCUAAAGCUGUGCUUGAGAACGCCUUUCGGAACUUCUCUUGCCUUACCAAAGGCGACAUCUUCACAUUUUCCUACAAUGAUCAAAUAUACGAGAUGGCCGUUUUGGAGACAAAACCAGAAACCAGUCAGAACGCUAUUUCGGUGCUAGAGACCGACUUAGAGGUCGAUUUUGCUCCCCCAGUGGGAUACGAGGAGCCAAAACGAUUGAGCGGGACAAGCACGCCAGCUAGUGGUGUUGCUGGCUCCUUGCCUGCAGGCGGAACCCUUCAUUCCCAUGGAACAAUGGCGCAAUCCAUCAAUUAUGCCGCGAUAGCCCCUGGGUCAAAUGAUGCUGCGAGAGCAGCAAACGCAGCUUCCUCUAAUUUCCACGGCAGUGGUCAACGACUUAACAUGAAGAAGGGAAGUAAAUCUUCUACACCCAAAUCCGCAACCCCUGCAUCUGGGAAAUCCAGCAACCCACCGCCUGCACCUCCAACUCGAAGAUCAAACGGCCCUCAGCCACUGAGGCUACCACCCGGAAAACUUUUCUUUGGAUAUGCAGUUACCCCGGUUAAAAAGAAGGAUUCAAGUGAUGAAAGUCCGGAAUCGGGCGCACAGCCCAAGUUCUUGGGCACAGGCCAGACUCUCCGAGCAAAGAAGAAAGGAUCAGGGCUGGCUGGGCAGGCCACUCCAGCCUCUGGCAGUGACACAGAGAAGAAAGAUAAAGGCCGGACAUUGGGUGGAAAAUCAAGCCGCCCGAAGUAA